UGGAUGUCUGUUAAGCAUUUUCAUUUGUAACGCUAACCUUAACAUUUAUGGUUCCAUGUUACUCUUAUUUUUUUUAAAGUAUUUUGGCUCUAAAAAGUGAUGGGGACAAAUUGAGCCAUAUGUCAUGCACGUAUGAGUUUGGCCCUGUUGACUUGCCGUACACGGAGCAGCGGGGGAGCUGCUGUCAGAGCAGAGCUAACGUAGCUGCUCUUCGCCGGCUAGCUUCCACCGGGAGAGGCUGAAAAAAUCAAAACAAACAAAGAAUGGCGGGUGUGCACCCCCAGGACGGCCUGCUGAAGAUGACACACGAAGAGAGCUGGAAGGUGCGGCAUGAGCGUCUGCAUGAGGAGCACCGGGGUCAUAAGGCCAUGCAUGCAGAGAUGGUGGUGAUCCUCAUCGCCACGCUGGUGGUGGCUCAGAUAGUCCUGGUGCAGUGGAAGCAGCGGCACCACCGGUCCUACAAUCUGGUGACUCUCAUCCAGAUGUGGGUGGUUCCUCUGUACUUCACCAUCAAACUGUACUGGUGGAGGUUUCUGUCCAUGUGGGGCAUGUUCUCCGUCGUCACCAGCUACGUCAUCUUCAGAGCCACCCGCAAGCCGCUGUCCUGCAGGACGCCGAGGAUGGUGUACAAGUGGUUCCUGUUGAUCUACAAGCUGAGCUAUGCGGUGGGCAUCCUGGGCUACCUGGCCAUCAUGUUCACCAUGUUCGGCUUCAACGGCUUCUUCAGGAUCAAGGCAGAGGACUCGAUGGACAUCGGUGUCAUCAUGCUGUUUUACGGGCUUUACUACGGCGUCAUGGGCAGAGACUUCGCUGAAAUCUGCUCUGACUGCAUGGCUUCUACAAUCGGGUACUACAACAAGGGAGGGAUGCCCAGCAGGAGCCUGACUGACGAUAUCUGCGCAGUGUGUGGCCAGAGGAUCCUGGUGGAUGUGGAGGAGGAAGGAUUCAUAGAAGACACCUACCAGCUCUCCUGUGGACACAUAUUCCACGAGUUCUGCAUCCGCGGGUGGUGCAUCGUGGGUAAGAAGCAGACGUGUCCGUACUGCAACGAGAAGGUUGACUUGAAGAGGAUGAUGAACAACCCCUGGGAGAAGACACAUGUCCUGUACGGGCAGCUGCUCGAUUGGCUCCGAUACCUGGUUGCCUGGCAACCCAUCAUCAUCGGCAUCGUCCGUGGGAUUAACUUCUCCCUGGGCCUCGAAUAGAAUAUAGAGCCCUGAGGAACGCAGCUGUGGGUACGUCCUGGAAUCGCGAACAGCGCGAGAAACAUUUGGCAGCGAAGUGUCAAAGUCAGCGCUACAAAGACCUGAUUCAGGCUUCUUCUGAAGUCUUUUGUUUCCUCUGUACAUGUUGGACUGAACGCUUGCACAGUCUCCAGCAGAGCGAACCCAGGCAGUCUGGGUCUCUGCGUGCAAAGGACACUGUGAUGACCAACUGCUGCCGACCUGAACAAAAACCCUGAAGCACAGAUCCAGUAUUUGAUCAUUUCAUCGCGAAUGACAUGAGAAAGUCUCGAGAGGAUUUUACUUUGGAACAUGUGGAAGCGUUGCUGUCAUGCAUGUCAUGUUUUUUGUUAUAAAUCAUUGCGUUACUUUGUACUGUAUGAUUGGAAAAAAAAGCCUUUUUGAACAGUUUUAUAGUUUGCACAUGCCUCACUGCCGCUUCUGUUGAUGCCACUGACACAAGCUGUUACUUUCUUACAUUUCAGAUUCAUUACAACAUCACAUGACCCGUUUACAUUUCAGAUCAUUUUGUUUAUUAUAAAAGGUUUUAUUUAGGAUGUCUGUUACUACUGUUGCUGGAGCCGAGCCUCCAUAGUGUUAACUGUCUGUGGUGCGACUGAGACUCAGACCUUCAGGAGUGUGACGCUGAACAGAAUAAAACGAGCUCUAAAUAAAGGAGAUUGGUCAUCGUCCAACAAAACGGUGGUAACUGCCCUCUAAGUUUGUUCACAUCUUUAAGAGUCUCUCAUCUUUUGCUGUAGAGCCGCAACAAGAAAGUCGCUUUUUUUGUCAGAUGGACAUUUUUCUGUUGUCAAGACUGCUGCUAAUAUUGAUUUUUAAUUUAUUAAAUGUUUAUUGAACUUCA